CUUCGUCUGUUUGCCACCUCACCUCAACCAUGAACACGUCCCUUCUGGCAUUGCAGAGCCAGUACUGGGCCGUGCGGGACUACCUCUCCCCUGUACUCCGUGAAAGCAAGUUCAAGGAGCAUGGUCGUAUCACACCAGAGGAGUUUGUCGCCGCCGGAGACUUCCUUACGUUCAAGUUCCCUGUGUGGCAGUGGGAGAAGGGGGAAGCGGGACGCGCGCGCGACUUCCUCCCCGCCGACAAGCAAUAUCUCAUCACGCGCAAUGUGCCUUGCCUCCGCCGGGCCAACGCGCUGAACUACACCGACAAUGAUGAGGACGCGGAGAAGCUCUUGAGCUUCUUGGAAGAGGCCGACGCUGCUGAGCCUGACGGCGAAUGGGUCGCGACGCACAUGGGUAGAGCAACGCAGAAUGAGGAGAUGGCGGAGAUCCCCGACUCGCCGGGGCUCAGUGCGCAGACGGCUGGUCUGAACAUUGGCGAGGAUGACCCAAUCCCAGACAUGGACGAUAUUCCGGAUAUGGAUGACGAGGGGCUUGAGGAGGGUGAGGACGAUGCAGCGGUCCGGCCUACCCACGAUUCGUCCAACCUCAUCCAGGUGCGCACGUACGACUGCUACAUCUCGUACGACAAGCACUACCAGACUCCCCGCUUCUGGCUGUUCGGUUACGACGAGAACAAGAAGCCGCUCACAGCAAAGGAGAUCUUCCAGGAUGUGCCAAGCGAACACGCUUUCAAGACAAUGACGAUGGAGGCGUUCCCGCACAGCGGCACGCAGCUUGCUUCCGUUCAUCCGUGCAAACACGCAAGUGUGAUGAAGAAGUUUAUCGACCGCAUGGAGCAGCAGGACACACCCGAGGGCUCGACUAGCUCGCCACCAGGCAAGAAGCGCUGGCUCGGCGGGGUCAUGCGCAAGGUGACGGGUGGAGACAAGCCGCCUAAACCUGACGCCAACGCCAAGGAGGAGGAGGAGCCGAGUGGUGUUCAGGUGGACUUCUACCUUGUUAUUUUCCUUAAGUUUAUCGCUAGCAUUGUGCCCACCAUUGAGGUGGACAGCACGACCGCCACGUCUUUUUAAUGACCAUGUAAAGAGUUACCAGAGACUUGCUCGUUAACAUUCGUGAUGGUCGUACAAUUCUACAAGCGUGUCGUGUCAAACGAGGUGUGAGUGCGCGGCAUGCGUGGGUCGUGACAUGGGGUGGCAGGUCACAUUUUGGUCGUCAUGGGAGCGUGAGGCGCUUAGU